UACUUUUCCGAAUUUUACUACACUAUUCAACUUGGUCUUUAUUCAUCAGUGCUGAAAUGCUUCGACUUGCCGCGUUCGCCAUUCUCUUCUGUGGGACCUUUGAUGCCGCCAGCGUGCCCUGCAACCCCCCUGAUAUGCUGUUGGGGAAAUUCUGUGCUGCUGUGAAAGACAACGACGUCAACGAUGACGGCAGAGUGGACGGCAGUGACAUCGGCAAAGAUCUUCUGAAUUACAACUACGACGAUGACCUUUGUGUCAGUAAACAAUGGGAGUUCGUGACCAGGUUCUCGUGUCGGUACGGCUACUCCGAAGAGUACGGCAGAUACAUGGCCACAUCUUUUGGCGGCAGCCAAAAGGCGUGUGGCAGGCGACUUCAUUCAUCAACCUCCUUGCCUCGUGACGAUGUUGAUGAUCCAGCGGGGGACAUUGACAUUUGA